CAGCGAAACGCGGGGGUGCCAAAUAAAGUGCGCUCGAACGAGUACAUCUCUCUGCGCCCUGUGUAGAGCUGCUCGAGAUUGCCAGCAGGAGGAAUGCCACGUCGAUAAGCUUGCAGUAUUGACACCAAGGACAAAACGUGUACCAUGAUCCGCGCGGCAGAGCCGAUGAAAAAAAACGAAAAUAAUCGCAACUGGGGCACACAAGGGCGGCUUCCCGGCGUAUUCGGGGCAGUGCAGGGUUUCAGAAAGCGGACGGUAUCACAACAAGCCGGGAGACUGAGACUAUGGCUCUGUGGUUGACCGUAGCCUUCAUCCUGGUUGUCCUAACGUGUCUGAUUCGGUGGCGUAAGAAGAAGUUCUCCUAUUUCAAGGAACUGGGAAUUCCAGGACCAGAGCCCAACCUGCUGUGGGGGAAUAUCUGGGAGUACCAUUCCUUGGGGCGGCACAAAGCGCUGGAUAAGUGGUGCAGGGAAUACGGCGACAUCUGCGGGUUCUACAACGGCGACGUACCUUUUCUGGUCGUCAAGGACCUGGAUUUCCUCAAGUACGCUUACAUCGAAAACUUCAAGAAUUUCACGGCCCGUGGGGUUACGAUGCGAACCGAUCAACAGCAUCCCGUCGUCGGCCAGAUGGUGAUUCAUGUGCGUGGGGACAAGUGGAGGAGAAUGCGCAGCUGCGUCACAUCGGGCUUUACGACCCGAAAGCUGAAACAGAUGGUCCCGCACAUCGCCGAGUCAGCGGAGGUGUUCAUGGACAUGCUCGAGCCACACGCCGACACUGAGGAGGAGGUGAACCUGCGUCUCCAGUUCCAAGCGCUUUCUAUGGACUACAUCGGCCAGGCAGCCUUCGGCAUCGAGACGUGCUUCCAGCGUGAGGUAGACGACAUCUUCUUCACGACAGCUCGUCGGGUGCUACCAGGAGUGAUGACGGGGCCUGCCCACAUGAUUGCACAAAGCACGACAACGUUGGGAAAAGCAAUGAAACCUUUCUACUGGUUCCUUGGAAAGUUCGGCUCUCUUACCUUCAAAGUGUUCUCUGAGGAGACCACCAAGAUGAUCGAAAUGCGCAAGACUCAUCCUGAGCUUCGGAAGCCAGACAUCCUCCAAAAUUUAUUAGACGCUGAACUUGAGGACGAAGCACUGAGUGAAGCUGUGACCAAGAGUGGAGCGCAGCAAACAGCUGACAGCAUGAAAAAGAGGGUCCGGGCACUUUCACCGAGGGAAGUCAUUAUGAAUGCUACUUUGCUCUUCAUGGGAGGGUUCGAAUCAACGUCGAUUUCCAUGUGUUACCUCACUUUCCUGCUCGCCAAACACCAGGACGUUCAAGACAGGCUCAGGGAAGAAGUGAAAGAGGCUGUCAGCGAAUCGGGCACACUGGACUACAAGGUGCUUACGAAGAAGCUAAAGUACCUCAUCCAAGUCGUGGAGGAAGGGCUGAGGCUUCACCCACCUACUGUGGUCGCCACAUCACGGCAAGCUGAAGAAGACUUCGAGUGGAGGGGCGUGAAGUUCAAGGCAGGCACAUGCAUUAUGUCUCCAACGUUCCAGCUGCACAGAGAUCCCCGCUAUUGGGUCGAUCCUGACACAUUUGAUCCCGAGAGGUGCGGGUAUGUUCCCGGCCACGGCGGCCGCAUUUCGAUGGGGGCGGAAUGUGAAAACACCCGUGUACUUAGAUUUAGGUGCACGUUAAAGAAACCCAGGGGGUCGACAUUUCCGGAAUCCUCCACUACGGCAUGCCUCAUAAUCAGGAAGUGGUUUUGGUUCAGCCCAGAGAAUCAGCCUUCCAUCCACAAGAUGGCCUUUCAACCCUUCGGCUUGGGGCCGCGGCACUGCGUGGGGUUCCAGAUGGCCCGCUUGGAGAUACGCUACACACUCGCCAGACUUGUCCAGCGCUAUCGGGUCGAACUUGGUGAAUCUCAGAAGGGCGAAAUGAAAAUGGGUGGCUACGCCAUGAUGUCUGCGCCAGAGAACGGACCCUGGCUCAAGUUAUACAAGUUGUGAAAAAGGACAAUCAGCAGAACUCUUAAAAGAGAAGCCCGGAGCAUGGCACUUGUGUGCAGACGUGUUUUAUGUAAAGAAACAAAUGUAGCGAAAAAUACAAACACGUAUCAUUUAACCGAACCUGAUCAAGGUCAUGCGUCAUUUUCUACUAACGGUCGCGAUAAAAAUACUCCCCAAUGUAUCUACACUCUUAGCACGGUAACGUUUAUUAAAGGGAUAUAUUCUAACAAAUUUGCUCACCUUGCGUUUAUAAGUUUGGCGUUAACCUUUACAAAAGUUAACCUCUAUUAAAGGUAAGUAGGCAUGCACUUAACUAGAGGUUACAAUAACACUUAGCACUUUAAUCUUUAGUAUAGGCAUACAGUCUUGAGCGCCUUCGCCUAAAUAUAGAGCGCUGCGCAUGCUCUGUAGAGCCGGUGUCGCCUAGCAACGGGGACGCGGCUCUUCUUUCUUUCGGGCUUCUUUCUGCGGUAUGUUCAUAAAAGCCCGUUGCUUUGCGCAUGCUCCGCCCGGGCAGUUGUUGCCUAGCAACAGAAGUGCCUCUCUUCCUUCUUUCGCGCUUCUUUCCACUUGAGCCUCUUCUUUUUACGCCCCUCUUUCGGCGGCCGUAUUAGGCAGCAGACAACCAUGCGCGGUGAAAUCUGAGCCUUCGCGGAGGAGGCCACUCGGCCAGUCCUUUUCUGACGCUGUCUUUACACGCGCUUGCGCUUCGAAAUAGUUCACGUGUCCACUUCGUGCGGUUUUCAGGGCAAAGGGUCUCCCUGCGUCCCUCUCAGCCUAAGAAAAAAAAUAAAAAAUUGCGUUUUGCAGGCAACUUAGACCUUACGCGCCCCGCAACAUCUCCUGUUCGACCCCAAGGUUGUAAAGACAUAAAAUGCCACCUACUCCCCAAAAAUGCACAGCAAAGGUGAGCGCGGGAGCCACAGAAAUUUGUUUACUUUCCAAUAGUAUAUUGUAAGCGACAGACUCGUAUUAUUUUGGGUUACAAUUGUGCAGCUGCUCAGCAAUAAAUGAGGCAAAUUUUCGCUUUGCCAAUGUCAAGUGUUCCGACCUUUGGUUCGCGCUGUUGCAGUUUUUCUCCUCCUGCACAUUUAUUUGUGUUUACUCGGUGGCUUGCUCCUAAGGUAUCGUUUAGCAUGCGAAAAUGAAAAAAAAAAA